CAAAUUCCACAAUUUCCCUCCAUUUUGUGUCUCUGUCCCUUCACUUCAGUCCGUACCAACGAACAGACGGUUGGUUCCCCAACACCAGCGCCUUUAGCUCCAGUUCCACCUUGUGAUGGUUCUCCCUCUCCUCCAAGAUCCACCCCAAUUCUCGCGCCCAUCACCACCUAUUCAGACCCUUCCCUAUAAACCUCCCAAAAACCCAUUAAACCAGCAAAGUUUUCAGGAGAACUUCAGGAUAAUAUGCAAUUUCUUGCUUUCCCUUACUCGCUCAGGCUCCCUUCUCAAAGGCCAAGCCUUGCAUUCCCACAUCGUCAAGUCUGGGAUUCAGAUAAUUCCAUUAGUUUCCCACCACUUAAUCAACUUGUAUUCAAAGCUUCAACGCCCAUUUGACUCCCAGUUUGUUUUCGAGGAAGCACCUUUUAAGUCAUCAACCACCUGGAGCUCUAUGAUUUCCACGUUUGCCCAAAAUGAUCUGCCUAUUUUAGCAUUAUCGUACUUCCGGGCAAUGCUUUAUAAUGGGUUUGCUCCAGAUGAGCAUAUUUUGCCUAGCGCUGUUAAGGCUUGUGCGAUCAUGAGUAGGCAUGAUGUUGGGAUGUCAAUGCAUUGUCUUGCAGUGAAAAAUGCAAUGAAUUUGGACGUGUAUGUUGGAAGUUCUUUGGUGGAUAUGUACGCAAAAUGUGCGGAAUUGGGGUAUGCGAGGAAGUUGUUUGACGAAAUGCCUGAGAGAAACAUUGUCUCGUGGAGUGGGAUGAUCUAUGGGUAUGCGCAGAUGGGGGAGGAUAAUGAAGCUUUGGGUCUUUUUAAGAGGGCGUUGGAGGGGGGUUUGAGUUUAAACGACUUUACCUUUUCAAGUGUGAUUCGUGUUUGUGGAAAUUCUACGUUGCUGGAGUUGGGGAGACAAAUGCAUAGCUUGUGUGUGAAGAUGAAUUGUGAUUCUUCGAGUUUUGUGGGAAGUUCUUUGAUAUCUCUGUACUCGAAGUGCGGCGUUGUAGAGAAUGCUUGUCAGGUUUUCAAUGAGGCAGUUGAUAAGAAUUUAGGAAUGUGGAAUUCAAUGUUGAUUGCUUGUGCUCAACAUGGACACACAAAGAAGGUGUUUGAGUUGUUUGGGAGAAUGAAGAGUUGUGGGAUGAAGCCAAAUUUUAUAACCAUUUUGUGUGUGCUUUAUGCGUGCAGUCAUGCGGGGCUAGUCAAAGAAGGUAACUACUAUUUUGGAUUAAUGAAGGAGUAUGGCAUUGAGCCAGGGGAUCAGCAUUAUGCUUCCAUGGUGGACUUGCUUGGGCGAGCUGGGAAAUUGGAGGAGGCUACGAAGCUUAUCAAGGAAAUGCCAAUUCAACCAACAGAAUCUGUAUGGGGAGCUCUACUGACCGGCUGCCGACUUCAUGGUAAUACUGAGUUGGCGGCCUAUGCAGCUGAUAGGAUCCUUGAAUUAGGUUCAGUAAGUUCAGGCUUUAACGUUCUGUUAUCAAAUGCUUAUGCAGCUGUUGGUAGGUAUGAAGAAGCGGCCAAAGCCAGAAAGAUGUUAAGGGAUCGAGGAGUGAAGAAAGAAACUGGUUUAAGUUGGGUUGAGGAAGGAAAUAAGGUCCAUACAUUUGCUGCAGGGGAAAGGCAACAUUUUAAAUCUAAGGAAAUUUAUGAAAAACUUGGGGAACUAGAGAAUGAAAUGGAGCUAGCUGGCUAUGUUAUGGACACCAGUCAAGUGUUGCGAGCAGUUGGCAAUGAAGAGAAGAGUGAAGCAAUUAGGUAUCAUAGUGAAAGAUUAGCUAUUGCAUUUGCACUAAUAACCUUUCCACCUGAAAGGCCAAUUAGAAUUAUGAAGAACUUGCGAGUUUGUGGUGAUUGUCACACAGCUAUUAAGUUUAUGUCGAAGUGCACCGGAAGAUUAAUCAUUGUGAGAGAUAACAAGCGGUUCCAUCAUUUUUCGGGUGGGGAAUGUUCCUGUGGUGAUUAUUGGUGAUAUUAAGUGGGUACCAGUGAAAGGUGUUGUAGGAGGAGAGAGGGACUUCAUGCAAGAUCUUUCUCUUUUCUCUGGUAGGGAACUUCAUGCCCUUAAUAAACAAGUGAAACCCUGUUUCUGAGAGGUUGCCCAUUUUUGGAUCAAAAGGCCAAUUUAGCACUUUUUUACAAGUAAAAUUCAUCAACUUCCAGCGUGAGAGUGAUUUAAUCCAGAAGGUUGGGGAAAGCAGAAGUAUGAGAUUUGGAAGUUCCAGACUUCCAGUCCACCAUGUUAAUUAUCUGCAAGAUAGCACCGUCGGCCGUGUAGCUGCCUUGAGUUUACAAAUGCAAUGGCUGUUUGUUGUUGACUUGCAGCUUAUUCUGCUUACAAAAUGAUGAAGCCAAUUGGAUAUUCCAUUUUUUGAGACUGAGGUACUGUUUAAUUGUUAAUACUCUGUAUUAGUCAGUGUUGGUGCAUUGUACAAGAAGUCUGGCAUGGCAUUGAAGUUGCUUAGUCGUCAGAAAGCGAAAAGUUUUUGCUGAACUUGAAAAAGCAGGAGUUCAAAUUGUCUUUGCUGGAGCUUGCUGCUUGUAGAGUUUAAAAGAACUGGAGAGAUAUCAAGGUACCUACAUAAUUGCAGAAUAUGAUUUUUGAGACAUAAAUGGCAUGUGCGGAGGAUUUGGUACUUUUUUGCUUUAAGUUUUGGGCACAGGGCUGCAGAGUGAUUGCUAAGAUCACGGCAAGACGUGCAGAUCUAGAAGUGCAAGGUCUGCAAGAUCACCUUUCAUCAGGCAAUUCUUUUGUGUUCUACCCAAUCAUGUAUUGCAUCUGGGGCAUAUGUUUCUUUGGGAGUUUCAGUGUUGUCUGCUGAAGGAUGCAAGCCAUGAAAUCUUACGUGUGGUCGAGGGACACAAUUGCCUCCAGCAUCAUCAAGAUUCUAAUCAUUAAUUGGCUCUCUGGAUGUUGCAGUGCAGGAGACGUUUCAAACCCGGUUGCUUGCUUGCUCAUUGGUCACGCGAUCAAUAUGUUAUCGAAUGUACGUAAAAGAAUUGGUAUAUUGCAGUGACGGUAAAAAAGGAAUUUAGGUCUUAUUCCAAAACAUAGAAGGACACGGCCGUAAAUGUGUGGUAAAAUUAGUCUCAAACUGGGAGGCCGUGAUUUCUAGUAGCCUGCCGUCCUCUAGUUUUGUAAGCUUAAUCAAGCGAAAUUGGCUCGUCUCACAAUUGUCGUAUCCUAUAUGUCAUCAGUUCGAAGUUAGCUAUGAUAAUGCGCUUGCGUUCUUGGGC